ACCAGGUCCUGGUCCUGCGGCGCGUUUCGUUCAAUUAUGACUUGGGAUAAACCGGCCGGAGCUCCUGGGGGGAUUAGAAGGCACAGACCGCUGUAAUCCGCGUGUAAACGCGUGCAGGCCGGGGGCGGGGAGGAGCCUCCACACCCUGUACGUGUGGGCUCGGUGGGAUUUUCCCUCUUGGAGAAGCAGCCGGACGCAUGCGCCCCUCGCCAGCGCUCCUCCAUCCAGGCGCAGGGGCCACAUAGGAUGAACUUGUCGCGUUACCUGCUAAAAGGCGCCGCCGGCCGAGCCCAACCUGCUCGCGGGACGACGUGGACGCCGGUAACAGUUUAGUUUCCUCCUGGAAAAGUAAAAAAAACCCCCCAACAUUACAAUUAUAGUCGACAGAAGUAGAAGAUGAACGAGCAGAAGAGUGUUUGAGUGUGAAGCGGGCAAAUCAGAGGGCGGAUUAUUGCGAGGAACCAGAGGACGUGUUGUUGUUGUUGUUGUUGUUGAAAGAUGCGGAAACAACGUCAGGGGCAACAACAGUGUGGACUGUGAGCCGGCGGGACGUACUCCACUGGUCGGCAGCAGCAUGCCACGGCCCCGGAGAGGGAUGGAGGUGUUCCAGUUUGGAGAGACGCCCGGGCGCCCUCAACUUGUCUGACUGCUGGGACCGUCCCCGUGCUAUGCCUCGGCCGAGUUUCCGCGGAACCGACGGGUUCGUUUGGGCCUGAGUCAUCAUGUCCAAAGUCAUUCAGAGGAAGAACCACUGGAUCACCAAGGUGAACGAGUGCGCGGUGGCGCGGGGCGCGCGGGGCGAGCUGCACGUGGAGCUGCGCGGCGGCGCGGAGAACGGAGAGUUCCCACUCAUCGGGCAAGUCGGGGAGGAUGCUGUGGCCCAGCGGGGCGGCACACUCAGCGAGGGGGAGCUGCUGCUGGAGGUGGAGGGGCUCUCCGUGUCGGGACUACCCCUGUAUGACAUUUUCAAUGUGAUUAAGUGCUGCGAAGGUCCCGUCAGGUUUAAAACUGUGCGCCAAGGUCACAAGCUCAACAAGGAUCUGAAGCACUACCUGAGCUUGAGGUUUCAAAAGGCUUCGCCUGACCAUGAGCUGCAGAAGAUCAUCCGAGCCAAUCUGUAUCGCCACGCUGUGCCUUGUACAACCCGCUCCCCUCGAGACGGAGAGGUCCCAGGGGUGGAUUACAACUUCCUGUCGGUGGAGGACUUCCUAGAACUUGAGGAGAGUGGCACACUACUAGAAAUAGGAACGUAUGAAGGUAACUAUUAUGGGACCCCCAAGCCACCAAGGCAGCCCAUCAUUGGGACAGUGAUUCUCAGUGAUGCCGGCUCCCAGCAGUCCACCCCAAAGCGCACCAAGUCCUACAAUGACAUGCAAAACGCCCGAGUAGUGCCUGCUGACGACGACGAUGACGACCAGGCCACGGAAAUGAACAACAGUUUUACAGGAUCCUUAGUGCGUAGUCUCUUCCCCUCUCCUCUGUUGUGCACAGGCAACCCUAACGAUCAGGACGAGAGCCGCGGCGGCAUCCUCCGACCGUACCCCGCACGUGACAAUGCUCCAUCCUGUGGUUUGAACAAUGCGGCCACCUCCACCGCAGACAGCGGGCAGCAGACGCUCGCAGAACCGCAGGUCUCUCCGGAAGACCCGCUGGGGCCGCUGCCUGAAAACUGGGAGAUGGCUUACACCGAGAACGGAGAACUUUACUUCAUAGACACGGCAAAGACACACCACCAGGACAUGGCUGUGUAUUUUCAGAGCUUCCACAACACAAAGACCACGUCGUGGCUGGAUCCUCGGUGUAGAGACAAAGCCUCCAGGCCUCUGGAAGAGUGUGAUGAUGAUGAAGAAGGGAUACAUACGGAAGACCUCGAGAGUGAUUUAGAGCUGCCUCCAGGAUGGGAGAGAAUAGACGACCCGGUGUACGGGGUGUAUUACGUAGAUCAUAUCAACAGGAAGACACAGUAUGAGAACCCCGUAGUGGAGGCGCGGCGCCGGAAGAUCCUGGAACAGCAGCAGCAGCAGCAGCAGCAGCCGCCGCAGCCUCCUGAAGGUGAGCGGUAUAUCCGAGAGUGGAUUGAGGAGCACUCCUCUGCAGCGGCUCCUUUGGCAAACUACGCUGCGAACCACCUGGAGACCUACAGGGACCCGCAGGUCCCGCCAACUCUACCUCCCCACCCGGCAGGAGUCAAAAGAGGGAAGCCGUUUUUCACAAGGAACCCAGCAGAACUGAAAGGAACUUUCAUCAACACAAAGCUGAAGAAGAGUCGCCGCGGCUUCGGCUUCACCGUGGUCGGAGGCGACGAGCCAGAUGAGUUUCUGCAGAUCAAAAGUCUGGUGCUGGACGGGCCUGCGGCUGUGGAUGGCAAGAUGGAGACAGGUGAUGUGAUAGUCAGUGUGAAUGACAGCAUUGUGCUGGGCUACACCCACGCUCAGGUGGUGAAGAUCUUCCAAUCCAUCCCCAUCGGCUCCAUGGUGGACCUGGCAUUAUGCCGUGGCUACCCACUGCCCUUUGACCCUGACGACCCCAACACCAGCCUGGUGACCUCAGUCGCAAUCUUGGACAAGGAGCCUAUUAUCGUCAACGGACAGGAGACAUUUGACUCGCCUUCCAACCAGGCCGGACACGAUAACUGCAUGAGGGAGCUGCGGUCGCACAGCCCCUCGGCCGAGGUGGCGUCAAACGGUUCGCACGGUUACUCCAGCGAUGUGGUCACGCUGGCCUCGUCCAUCGCCACCCAGCCCGAGCUGAUCACCAUCCAUAUGGAGAAGGGAGACAAAGGAUUUGGCUUCACCAUUGCAGACAGUCUGACCGGAGGAGGGCAGAGGGUCAAGCAGAUAGUGGACUAUCCGCGCUGCCGUGGCCUAAAGGAGGGGGACAUUCUAAUGGAGGUCAACAAGAGGAACGUCCAAAAUAUGAGCCACAACCAGGUGGUGGACCUGCUGAGCAAAUGUCCCAGAGGCAGCGAGGUCACCAUGCUGGUGCAAAGAGGAGUGGUGCCAGCCAAGAGGAGUCCAAAGCUGGUGCACCAGUUAGAAAGGAAAGACAGCCAGAGCAGCUCCCAGCACAGUGUGUGCAGCCAUCGCAGCACCCACACCGAUUCUCCCAGCCACCUGCCCUCUGCCAUGCCUAGUGAGGCCGUGGCUCCCACUCCUGCUGCCCCCACCCAGCCUCUGCCAGGCCUGCCCCCUCCGGACCCUGCAGAUGGCACCCUCACCCUCCAGAAGAAGCCAGACCCCUUUAAGAUCUGGGCGCAGUCCAGGAGCAUGUACGAGAGCCGACUGCCAGAUUGCCAGGAGCAGGACAUUUUCCUUUGGCGGAAGGAUACGGGCUUUGGCUUUCGCAUCCUGGGAGGGAAUGAGCCCGGGGAGCCGAUCUACAUAGGACACAUAGUGAAGUACGGGGCCGCAGAUGAGGAUGGGCGCCUGCGGUCGGGCGAUGAGCUCAUCUGUGUCGACGGCACGGCGGUAGUGGGCAAGUCUCACCAGCUGGUGGUUCAGCUGAUGCAGCAGGCUGCCAAACAGGGCCACGUCAACCUCACUGUCAGACGCAAGACCCCCGGAUACGGAGUGUCAAAAGGAGAGGGUGACGUUCCUCCGUCACCGGCCUCCUCCCACCACAGUAGCACCCAGGCCCCUAGUCUGACGGAGGGCAAGCGGACCCCCCAGGGGAGCCAGAACUCGCUCAACACCGUCAGCUCAGGGAGCGGAUCUACCAGCGGCAUAGGCAGCGGCGGCGGGGGUGGCAGCGGGAGCGCGGUGGUGCCUGCCUCCUUGCAGCCGUAUGACGUGGAGAUCCAGCGCGGAGAGAACGAGGGCUUCGGCUUCGUCAUCGUGUCGUCCGUUUCCAGGCCUGACGCCGGCACCACCUUUGCUGGAAAUGCUUGUGUGGCCAUGCCCCACAAAAUAGGACGCAUCAUCGAAGGCAGCCCGGCGGACCGCUGCGGGAAGCUGAAGGUCGGGGACCGAAUACUGGCCGUCAACUGCUGCUCCAUCACCAACAAGUCGCACUCGGACAUCGUCAACCUGAUCAAGGAAGCCGGGAACACAGUCUCGCUUAGGAUCAUCCCUGGUGAUGAAUCUUCCAAUGCUUCUCUGCUGACCAAUGCUGAGAAGAUAGCUACCAUCACCACCACACACACACCUCAACAGUCCACAGAGUUACGGAAUAACUCAAAGUCGAAAGGAGCUCCACCUCCUCCACCCACACAAAGUCAGGAUGCCGAGUUCUACUCUGUGGACCUUGAGCGGGACAGUAAAGGCUUUGGCUUCAGCCUGAGAGGAGGACGGGAGUACAACAUGGACCUGUACGUGUUGAGAUUAGCGGAGGAUGGGUCUGCUGUCAGAAAUGGCAAGAUGAGGGUCGGAGAUGAGAUCCUGGAGAUAAAUGGUGAGAGCACAAAGAACAUGAAGCAUUCACGUGCCAUUGAACUGAUCAAGAACGGGGGUCGGAGGGCACGGCUCGUCCUCAAGCGGGGAGAUGGAUCUGUACCUGAAUAUGACGGCAGCAGUGACGGGCACCCUCCCACACCCGGGGCACAAAACACUCCGGAAGUGAGAACGCUGCCACCCAACAGCAGAUAUCACACCUCAUUGGAGUCCAGUUAUCCACCAGAUCUUCACAAACCAUCACGCCAGGAGGAAGCUGCGCGUGGCCGAGACGGGGACAGGAACAGGGUCAGGGCUGGGUCAGAUCAGAUGGACUACCAAGGCCGGCAAUUUAACCCCCACCAUCAUCACACCUGGAAUAACAAUCACAGUCAAAGUACCCCCAGACAACAGUCUCCAGACAACAGUAACAGCAAAAGUGGCAACAAGAAGAGCCGAGGCCGAAAAGUUAAAAAGUCUGAGUCGGAGAGCGGCAUCUCUAAACUCCUAAAGACUCUGAGGAAAGACAGCUCGGGGAAGAAGGCUGCAGCUGCUGAGAAACUGAGGGGCCGAGAGCUCUCGACCAGCAGUUCUACUUUGGAUGGGAGGUUUCGUCAGCAGCGCCGCGGCUCCCUUGACCGUUCACCAACCCCAAAACGCACCUCGUCCCCUGAUCGUCGCCGGGCCAAGUCGAUGGACCGCAGGGCAGAACGAGCACACCGGGAUCGUACACCCGAGAGGGAGAACGAUGAUGGAGGGUUCCUCGCGGUCACUCCUGAACGCAAGUUCUAUGAACGGAGGCUCCUCAAGGACUCGCAGAUCGCUGGACAAGUCAGGGAGGCCACAACCCCCGAGCGCACCAACAACUAUGGGGAUUCCUCGUCUCUUUCCAGGGGUCGUACACAUGAUAGAACCAUGAAGAACGGCAACCUCCUUAGAGACUCUUCCUCAGAGAGGAGGGAGGAGAGAUGUCAGACGAAUGGGACACCAGAGAGACGAUACCAGAUGGAGCGGGACUCUUCCCCUGACAGCACCUACAGCAGGGACGAGCUGAACUAUGCAGCAGCACCCAGAUUGAAGGACUACUACAGCAUGAUGAAGAACAACACUCCACACAACAAUGCUGCCUACAACAACGCAGGCCAUAACAAUAACGCAGUAGGCCACAGCCCAAACCAGCUCCCUGAGCCGAAGAGAAGGCUGUACAAAGAAAGCUCCAAAGACCUCAGCAUCUAGAGCAGAGCAGAGAUCCCCCUCGCCACUCUCUCCUCUAUCUGUGCAAACUAUUUACCAUACACUGGAAUUGUACUUCUGAGGACACUAACUCUUGUGCUUUACUUGGUCGACUGAUGUAUUGAUUAAUUUGAUUGACUUAACUACUUGUGAUCCCAUCCAGAGAUUCAUAAAACAGCAGGAGUACAAUCCUUCUAUCAGUUCAUCCUGGUUGUUUUGUCAUUGUUAUAGUUUUAUUUUGAACAUAAGAGGUUGUUGUACUAUAGUAAAGGUAUUGUAUGUGCCUGCAUAUGAAAUCAGUGAUAUUGCUUUUUGUAGGCAGUGCUGAAUCUAAAUAUUUGUUCCCUCAGAGGUAUGAAACAUGCUUCCACUUGUGGUAACUUCUAACUACUAAACUUGUUUUCAACUCGUUUGUAGAUAUCUUUUCCAUUCCUGAAUUGCUUUACUGAACAAACUAUAGCACAAGACACUGAGAGUUCACAAGAACUGUGAAAAUCAAGUUGGACUUGAGGUAAAUAUCAAAAUUUGAGAUCUGAUGGUAAAACUAGAGUGAUAAUUAUAGAAAUAAUAUAUGACUUGCUCACUAUUUAUUUUUUAAUUUGGCACAUAUCUUGAGCAAACUUCCUGAAACCUUUAAAGGACCAAGGUAGAAGUGUACUCUGUAUCUGGGAAAGCAUGCUGUACCUUUACUUGUGUUGCAUCCAUGAAAUGUGUGGCAGCUCACCGUCCUUUGCCUAAAUGCACCCACACAAUUGAAAUUUAAAAAAAUAAAUCAGACAACUGAUCUGAAAAUUUGCAAUGGUUUUAUUAGUUACUUAUUUGGAGUGGGAUUAGUAAAUAGUCUGUUCCUUUGUGUGUGAUGAUGUAGGGGGGAAGGACCCUGACUCACUUUCAGCUGCUCUGGUUGAUUCUCCAUUGUGGAAAAAUAGUUAUCUAAAUUUGUAGCUCAUCUAAAUUGCAAUUAAGUACUUUAGAUGAGUCUGCAUAAUGACACAACACCAGCUUGAAGCUGCCAUAAAAUAUAGUUUUUCAAAUAUGCCAAAAAAAACAACAACAACGGUAGUGAUUUAAAGCCUCUGCACAUCGAUUGUCUACCCACACAGGUAUUUUACGAUAAGACCUCUUCUCUGUGUGGGCUUGGACAAGGUGGGUUUAGACUGACAGCUCCGCUGUCCUGUUAAUUCUGUAGCACCCGUUUGGGUGGCAUGACUUGUUGACGCGCUGUGUCAUUGUUCUUGUUGGUACUUAAACUUUUGUGACAUCAUAAAUUACCACCAUAGUUCAACCCAAUUUCAACCAGACCAGCCAAAGCCAGAGUAAUUAAAAAAUGCCUUUGUGCAUGUGCAGAGGCUUUAAAACAAAUGUGUAAAUUAUCCCUGUGCAAGCUGCAUGUGUAAAUUAAAGAGUAGUUUAACCACUUUAUCUGGCAGGUCUGAGUGAGAAUAGUCGAUAAGGAACAUGCACUGUAAUCCCACAGUAAUUGUUAGCCCUGUCCUCAUGUUGAUGAUUUGUGCACCGACCACCUCCUGGGUCCUGACACAAAGAGAUGAUGCAUUUUGUUGUGUUGGUAACAUAUGGAGAGUCCUGGUACAGGAGGUGACCAAUCUGCCAUGCUGAGCCAUGUUGUCACACCACUGGAGUCGAACCGCUGCUUUAUAAUGUGUUUUGUGUGUAUUCUCUGUUUUAUGUUUCAUUAAAGAACUAAAGUAUAUUGGAUAAACCACAACAAAUUAAUUGUUUGAUCACUGUCGUUGCCAUGGUACUGUAUUUAACAAAAAAAGACAAAAAAUUUAAAUACAUUUAAGAAGUUAAUCUGUUGUUCAUCAACAGUAAAGAUUUCCUCCAAUGUAACUAUUAGGAACCCUUAAAUAAAAUAAAAUGUUGCCUUUUUCUUGUACAAAAGAGAAAUUUAUGAAAAACCUCAGCAGUGAGGAAUGUGAUAUUGUGUUUAUAUCUCUGAAAUGGACCUGAUGAUUUAUGGGAAAAUGUGUUGAUUAACUCUGGAUCAGGUAUGUAAAGACAUUUUAAAAUGAAAAUACUGUCUUUGGUCAAUCAGAAACUGUUUGAUGGUUUGAAUCUCUCUCGAUGGUUAGCCUGCCUUUGUAUUAUAAAGCACUUGUAUGCAGUCUGUGUUCUUCAAGCAUUAUUUCUUGCAAUGUGCUCCAGACAUAAUGCUGUCUCUGUGUUGAUAAAAGCAGUACAUGUAUAUGGGCCAAUCUUUUUUAUAAAACUAUGCAUAUACAGUAUAAAUACUACAUUGUUCAUAGCUUUAUUUGACCCAUGAAGCUAUACAUAACAUUAGUCUAAGUACAAGUAGAUGUGGACUUAUCCAGCUUCUUUCCUUGAGAUGGAUUACAAUGUAUAUGUAGCUAUCAAAAGAAGUCUGUGAAUGCUAUUUUUAUUAUCAAAUAAAGUUUUCCAUACAAAUUCAAA